UCUCUCUCUCUCUCAAAAUAAAUAAAUAAACUUAAAAAAAGAAAAGAAAAGAAACGAUGUAGGAAGAUUAGCCCUGGAGUCCCACAGACGUGGGUUAACAUUAUGGUCCCACCACAGUGUGUACAGGGAUAUGUCCUGGAACAAGUUGCUUAAUCUCUCCUCCUAAAUCUCAGUUUCCUUGUCUGUAAAGUGGCAGUAAUACUGCCUCCUUAGAGGUUGUUGGAGAGUGCCUGGUGCAUAGUGAGUCCUCAGUAAAUGGCGGCUGUUGUUUUCUGCACUGUCCGCUCUUUCUUCGUGUUCCUCGCCUUAGUCCCAGAUGUCUCGCGUACUCAGGCUGUCCUUCUGCUGACCAAACUCUUCAGUAGGGCUAAGUAGUGCCUAAUCUAUCCAGAUCUUUCUCUCCUUUUCCCUAAUGCAACCUUACUUGUCUUACUUCAUAUCCAUUUAGAGCCUUCCCUAUUUUCUUCUGGGAUAAAUUGGAUUCAGCCAGUGAGUCCUUUGUUGGCAUGACUUUAUGUGUCCUUUUUCCAAGAAAGCAUUUGUAUUCUAACUGGGGCCUUCAAUGACAUAACCCAAUGGAAUAAAAGCACCUCAGUCCUCCCUCCUGAUUGUGGCCUUCCCAUUGUCUGAGAAUAGUGAUCUUUAAGAUCCUUGUUUCUCCAAGUGUGGUCUGCGGACCGACAGCAUGGGCACCACCCUGGAAUUUGCUAGAAUCUCAGACCCUACUCCAGACCUACUGCAUCAGAAUCAUUCUAGCAAUGCCCCUAGGUGAUUCGUAUGCACAUUCGAAUUUGAGCAGCAUUGCUGGAGUAAGAAGCAGCUAGCCAAAGCAAGGGCUCCUUUACAAGAAGAGUUUGUGUCCAAGCUCCUUACAAGAGGACUCCCAGAGCAGCUGCUUCAGAGCCUCAGGGAUGGGGCUCCCAUCCCCAACACCAGGAAUAGAUGGCAUCUCCUGGGGGCCCAGCUGCCAUGCUGGAUCUCUGGAGCGUCUGGGAGAGUCAGGCUCCUGUGAUUGGAAUCAGACAGCUAAUUGGCCGCACAAGGCUCCUAAUCCUGCCAGUUGUGAGAGGAGGGACAAGACUCCCCAAGGAGCCAACCAAACAUAAAGAAAAGGGAGCUAAAGGCAAGGAGGGAUGGAGAACUAAAAGCUAAUGCCUGGGAAUCUAGCUGUUACAUUUCUAUCUUCCUGCCCAGAAGUGUCAGGGAAAGAGCAUUAGCUCAGAAUCAAUCCAUCUUCUCAGUUCUCUUGUCCUUUAGCCACGUCCUGCCUAGCAACAGUUGACAGUAGGAACUCCAGAUACCAGUCUCUCUCUGGAUGGCAGGAGGGAUCUGUUUAGCCCACAGAGGAACUGGUGUCAGGGCGUCCACAGAGAGCCAAGUCAGCUGAUAGUUGGACCAGGAAAAGAGCUGCCUGGGAAAUGAGGGGACAGAGUCCAUCGUGGGGUGGCCUCUUGCCGGCAAGAAGUUGCUGGGGGAAGGGCCUGGGUUUGGUGUGAAGCCGGUGAAGUUUAUCUGCAGCUCCCUUCCCCUUGCUCCUCCGGCCACCCCGAAAGAGGCUACCAGUAAUAUCACCACCUCUACAUCUGCAUGAUGCGUUUAACCUUCCAAAGUGCUUCUGUAGCCAUUAUCUCAUUUCAUUCUCCCAGCAACGCUGAGUGAACAGGAUCAGAGACAUGUUAAUUAGGACAUGGGCGGGCCUUCCAGACUCAGCCAGGACGUGGGGUGCUGCUGGCCACGGGCUUGGGCCAGCCCUGUGGUGAAGACUGAACAGGGAGAGGGUCCAGAACCCUGAGUGGCUGUGGGUGGGGGUGCCAGGAUUGUGGGCCCCCUCCGAGAGAUUUGGUUCCAGCUGGGCUGCUAAUGUGCUUAGCCUCCAUGGGUCACUUAGCCUGGAGGCUGGGAAGGAGGAGGAGCAGUCACCAAGCCUAUUUGGCAGGAUAGUUAGAGACUGGGAGGAGAUAAUGGAUGUGAAAGCACCUUUUCUCAGAUGAGGUAAUGGGUGUAAAAAUGAAAAGAACCACUUGACUAUAAAGUGUCGUUAUUGUUAGGCAGAAGAGAAAGGCGAGGCUUUUACCCAGGUCACUGGAGUGGGGUGCAGGGACACGUUUAGAGGCCUUGGGCACAAAGGGAUCAGAAUAAAGGCAUUGCAUGUGCAGGGGCAAACAACAGAACAUAGCAGGUCCCAGAAACAAAGCUGGGGCGGGGGAGGGCCACAAGCUCUGGCUGCUUCGUCAUUUUGCCCAGGGUUGCCCUGUUCGAGGGACCAAAACCCAAACAUCUUUCAAAGGUAAAUUGCCUUUUUCCCCCCAGGAGGGAAGUCACGUGCUCCGUGGACAGCUGAGCUCCCCUCUUCUGUCACUGGUUGCCUGCAUUGUCACUCCCACGUCUCCAGGCACUUAGCAAAUUUCAGAGAGACUGAGCUCUAGUCACUGAAAGAUGCAAACCCCAGGAGGGAAGGGACAACUUCCAUUUGCAUUGUAAAAUGGCCUUCUGGGCUGUUAACGGAGGUGUGUCUUCCCUGACCAGAGACACUUGGGAAGGCGCAGGUGAGGAAAGGGCUGCUUGCAGAUUCAGGGGAGGAUCUAGUUAGGGACAGUUAGCUCAGCUCAGUUAGGGACAGGCCGGGGACGAAUGUGUUUUAGACAUACCCAGAGACACUUCUGCGGCUGUAGGAGAAGCCGUUGGGUUCCUUGGGGAAACAUGGAGGCGCCUGUGGACAGAGCUCAGCAUCUUGUCUCCCUUCCCAUCACUGCCCUUUCCUGGCCAUCCAGCACACUUCCUGCCUCCUCCAUGGGGCUCUCUGUGGCUUCUCUACCCCGUUCUCUGAACACACAAGUUAGACCUUAAUUAUGGACUUUCUAUGGUAUUCUCAGUUACCACUCUAAUUGUUCAGAGUUCAUCUCUCUUUCCUCCCCACGCUAGAUUGGAAGCUCUUUGAGGGCAGAAGAGACCUGUAACUCCUGUGUCCCUCGAAGCUCUGAGUAGGCACUCAAUAAAUACUUGUUGAUGGAUUCACAUGAGUCAAAACAGUAAAGCAAAAACACUUGUGUCACAAAAGGCUCUUAGCUUAUUGGUUCCUCUGGUUCCAGGAGUGUUUAUCUGCAUCAUUAGUGGCUGUGCCUCUGGCCCAAUGGGAGACUAAAUUAUGCCCAGAUUCAGAAAAAGAAAAAGGCAGCAAAACUGAGGCUGCAGUGGCCAGGGGGCCCUGAGCUCAGGACAGUGUACCGAGCACUUCCACUUGUGCCUGGAUCUUUCUGGCAAGUGUCCCUGCUCCCCACCCCACAGGCUGCACAGCCCCACAGGCUCUCAUCCUCUGGCCUGUCCUAGCUGUUGUUCAUGUCAGAAAUGAGCCGGUGUCACCCCCAAGAAGAAGCUCAUUCAGUGCCAAUGAGAUUGGAGACAGGAAGCAAAGGGCUCAUUUCGGAAGCAGCCCCGGGGGUGAGGCAAGAUGAUAGCCGCAGAAAGAUGUUCUCUGGCUCCCUUCAAGGCCGAGCUCCUGCCUGCCACCAGGAGCAGAAAUGAGAGAGGUACCAGCCUGAGGCCACCCUCAUCAAGGCCCUGUCCUUCAGGGAUGCCUAUCUAGGAUACACGCCAGCCAUGUUCCAGCUUCUGAAUGACUUUCCAUUGAAAAAUGACCACUUGUCUUACCAGCAGGAGAGGGAAGGAGCCAGUUUCUGAAUUUACCUUCAGGGGGCCUGACCUCAUCCUGACCAGCCCCUUCUGCCUCCGUAAGGGGUACCCCGACAGACACAUCCCAAGCCAGCUUGGGUGCAGCCAGUGUUGGUGUGACUGGACUUAAGUAAGCCAUGGUCUGUCUUCCUUCCUGAGUUCUUCUAUGAGAGAGACAAAGGUCCCAAGACUGUGAAUUUUCCUUUUGUGCAAUUACUCUAAAUCUCCCACCCCCUGAUAAAUAGUCCUCAAGUCUCAUUAUUGAAUUUGUGUCCUGAUAAACAACCAACUCACUUGAAACCAUUUGCAACUGAGGAAUUUGGUAUUCCUAACCUGCCAACAAUCCCCCUCAUGGUGUCAGAACCUCCCACUUCUUUUACAAACCUUAUACUAGUUUGAUUAAUUGUCUCUUGCCCUUCUGUAUCUUGUUCAGAAGGCCCUGCCGGGAAUCUGAACUUUUGAGCAUACACACAGUGGGACUAGGGAACUCAGUCCCAUUUGUUAGACCAGAAAGCCUGGGGGCUGAGCGGUGCCUAGGCAGGGAGGUAAAGUUUUGAGUCUCUUGACUCUGUUGUCUUCUAUUCCACCUCCACCUGCCCUGCGUGUUGGCCAUCCUUCCCCUUUUUACCUCCUUCCCUGCACCUGGCACCCAGUGCCCUCUCACAAGCUCCAUGGUCCCCAUGCCCUCACCCCUCAGGGCUCUUCACUUGAAGACUGUGCUCAGACCCAUCUUUGCUUGCAGUCCACCUCACCCUGGCCCUUGCUGUAGAACCUUCCUGAAGUCCUUGUGAAAUUUUCCUAAACUUCAACGACUUCAUUUGUGGGCAUCGGGAGAGCCAUCUGCAGUCUCUCACAGGUAUUGGGGCGGCGAUUUUUCUUCUCCCGGCUCAUUGGGGUUCAGGUCCUCUGGUAGCCACAAUACACAGCUCCCCUGCUUGCCCAUAGGAGCCAUUUUCCAGUUGUCCCAUUAACUGAAAUAAGUUGGCAUUACGUACAAUUGUGUACAGUGAUGGUCCUCAGCAUUAGCUCAUUUGUUUGUGUAUGCCAUCUAAAUAGUUUAUUCUUAUAUAUGGUCUAAGGGAUAUUAAAGUUUAUAAUUGCACAAGGACUUCAUGAAGGUGUAUUCUGAAAUGACUUUGCCUCCCUUCCCCACUUACUUGCCUGUUUGGUGGUCCCUUCCUCAAGGUUUUGGUUUCCCUUAGGGAGUUACUAGCCAACUUAGUGGGCAAUGCUGGUUAACUUUCAUAAUAACAUAUUUGCAUUUACGCUCCUUCUAGAGAGUCCCCAUACGUUGGAGGAAAGGGCUGAAUCUAAUGUCAAGUUCUUGGCAACAGCUUUUUUCUGUGGGCUCUGGCCCUGUAGACAGUGGCCUUUCCAUUCUAGACGUAUCUUUCUUCAGCCUGAGAUAUGAGGCCGCCAUUGCCUCUGCUGGUUCCAGAGGACACAGGAAGCUAAACGUGUGAACUCUCAGGUGCCAUGGCCAGCACCCUAACCAGUGUCCCUCCCAGCUGGCUCUGAGGCUUAGUCGCCUUUGCGUCUUGUUUUGCUCCCAUCUUCCCCUUCCCUCAGUCAUGUGAUGCAGGAAGAGAGCGCAAAUGAUAUGGAAUGUGAGCAGCUGCCAGCAGAGACACUGCGACAAGUGACCAUUCACCGAGACCCUAUAUAUGGCUUUGGCUUCGUGGCUGGCAGUGAGCGGCCUGUGGUGGUGCGGUCUGUGAGGCCAGGAGGCCCCUCUGAGGACAAGCUCCUGGCUGGUGACCAGAUUGUGGCUAUUAAUGAGGAGGACGUGAGUGAAGCCCCCAGGGAGAGGUUCAUAGAACUCAUCAGGAGCGCUAAGGAAUUCAUCGUUCUUACAGUUCUGCACACUCAUCAGUCCCCCAAAUCUGCCUUCAUCAGCGCUGCGAAGAAGGCCAGGCUGAGAUCGAAUCCUGUGAAGGUCCGAUUUUCUGAGCAGGUGGCAGUUGGAGAAACAGAUGCAAAAAUGAUGAAGAAAGAAGCUCUUCUCCUCAUCCCCAACGUCCUGAAGGUUUUCUUAGAAAAUGGGCAGAUCAAAUCAUUCACGUUUGAUGGCCGGACCACUGUUAAGGAUGUGAUUGUAACAUUACAGGACCGUCUUUCCCUGAGGUACAUUGAGCACUUUGCUCUUGUCCUUGAGUAUGCCGGGCCAGAACAGAACCACAAGUUCCUGCUUCUCCAGGACAAGCAACCCCUGGCUUAUGUCGUACAGCGGACACACUAUCAAGGAAUGAAAUGCCUCUUCCGAAUAAGCUUCUUUCCCAAAGACCCCGUGGAACUGUUGCGCCGGGAUCCUGCUGCUUUUGAGUACCUGUACAUCCAGAGUCGGAAUGAUGUUAUCCGAGAACGCUUUGGAAUGGACCCCAAGCCGGAGAUGCUUUUGGGUCUUGCUGCCCUCCACAUCUAUAUCACCGUCUCAGCCACUCGACCUAGUCAGAAGAUCUCGCUCAAGAAUGUGGAGAAGGAAUGGGGCCUGGAACCCUUUCUUCCCCCCUCCCUCCUACAGGGCAUCAAAGAGAAGAACCUCCGGAAAUCUCUCUCUCAGCAGCUGAAGGCCCACCAAACACAUCCUUCCAGCGGCACCAAGGGCUCUGCAAUUCAGGCAAAGCUCCAGUAUCUUCGAAUUCUGAAUGAACUUCCGACCUUCACAGGCGUUUUGUUCAACACUGUGGGCCUGGAUGAGAAGCAGUCAGCCACCACUCUUCUGGUGGGACCCCGUCACGGCAUCAGCCAUGUUAUCGACCUCAAAACCAACCUCACCACUGUGCUGUCCGAAUUCAGCAAGAUCAGUAAGAUCCAGCUGUUCCGGGAGAACCAGGGCGUGGCCCGAGUGGAGACCAGCAUCAUGGAUGCCAAGCCUCUGGUGCUGCUGAUGGAGUGGCCUGAAGCCACCAACUUUGCCUGCCUGAUUGCGGGGUACUGCCGUCUCCUGCUGGACUCCAGGAAGAUGGUCUUCUCCAAGCCUGCCAGCCAGCCUCUUCCACCUCCAAUGAUCAAGGCAGAUUACAUGCACAGCGCCCACCGCCCUGUCACUGGGGGCCACCUGGGGAAAAAGGAGAGUAGUUAUGUGGGCAGCGUGGGCACCAGCCCCAGGAAGUCGAGCCGCUGCACGCCCCCACCUGCCGACUCUGAGCUUGUCAGCUUUUGCUACCUCCACAUGCGGGAACAAAGGAAGGAGCAGGAAAGCCGGACGGAUGUCAAUGAGAACUUAAUUUUCUUUGAGGAGAGCAGGCCCCGGACCAAGUCUGACCCCACAUCCAAAAGCUCUGGCCAAGGUUACGAAGUAAUCCCUGAUGACUUUGAUGCCGCCAGCCUAGACCAUGAGCCUUGUGCCAGCAGGGCCCGGUCCUACACCUUGGACAAUUCCCUUGGGGCUGAAGCCCUGAAUUUCUACUGUGACUCUUGCAAAGCCAAACUCCAGGAGCAGCUGGGCCCUCCCAAAGGUGGGAGGCCUGGCUCCUCUCGUGACAAUAUGGUAGACUUGAUGUCCCUUCCACCCCCCGGGAGCGAGGAGGAAGAGGAGGAGGAAGAUGAGAGCACUUUGCUGUUGCCUGCCAUUGCUGCCCCACCUCCUGGUUUCAGAGACAACAGUUCUGAUGAGGAUGACCCCAAGCGCCGGGCAGUCCAGAGCCAGGAGCAAGGACGCCACCUGCGUGGGCUCCUGUACGAUGAGAUUCCAGUGACACUGAUUGACAGCGUGCAGACCCGGACGGUCCGAGAUCAUGCCCAGGAGCUAGAUGAUGCCCUGGUGUCCACUCUGCAGGCUCUGGAAGCCCUGGCAGCCUCAGAGGAUGGACCACACCCCCCACCCCCACAGACUGCAGGUCUGAUUGUGCUGGCCACAAUCACCCCUGAAUCAUCGCUGGACUCAGGCCAUGAAACCAACUCUUCGGAGCUCACAGACAUGUCGGAGAUGAUGUCGGCCAUGAAGCAGCACCAGAACACCACCUACUUCCUGGCCCAGCACCUCAACAAGGAUAGCCUUCUGGCUCGCAAGGACCUGCCCUUCCGGAUCCAGAGCUGUUCAGCGCAGGCUGUACUCACGGCACCUUACUCUCUCGGGCGCCCAGAUCCCAACCCAUCCCUGCAGCCAGCGGUGACAGGCCAGAGUCCGGGCCCCCCUGGCGCUCGGAGGAAGCUGCCCCAGGUGGAGUCGCAACCACAGCGAGAGCGAACCUACACCCUGGCAGUGCACCCAACAUUGUCCCCACAGCUUGGUGAGCAGAAGAAUCUGAGCCUGCUGUCCCCAGUUCCUGAAGACAAAGGGCCUGGCCACACUAGGGCAGGCCUGGAGAUGUCACUGAGGGCUGCCACGCCAUCCCUCAGUGACGAGCAAGUCUCUGAGCUAAGGGAGAAUCUUCCCAAAGAAGUCAGGUUGAGCCCCAAGCUUAUCCUCGACCCAAAGGGCAGCGUGACCCCAGCUAUCAUCUCAGCUGCCCUACAGCAGGUGGUUCACACUAAGAGCCUCCCUGCCCCUGGCGGGGCCCUGGGGAACCCUCCCAGCAGUGGGGAGAGAAGGCUGGAGGCCAGCAUGGGGAGGCCAGAAGUUAGCAUGAUGAGCGGUAGUGCCAGUAAGAAUCUGAAGUUCAAAAUGAGCCCCAGUGCUCCAGAGACGUCACGGAAUUCCCAGCAGCAGCUGAGCCCAGAGGUCUCCUCUGGCUCCAGGGUGCCUGCAGGCAGCCGGGGUGACAGCCUGCAUCUCUCCCCACAAGAGGACAGGCUGCCUGUUCAGAGUGUCCUGCCUAAAAGCUACCUUUCCCGAGCGAGUCGAGAGUCACUGAGCAACCCAUGCAUAGGGGAGGUGGCAGGCAAGGCCGGGCCGGAGGGUGCUAAACCUGCCCUGCACAAGCCGGGCACCGUCUCCAGCCAGGGGGAGAAGGGGCAGCUGGAGAGCAUGCCCCAAAGCAGCAAGAUUGAGGAGACCAGCCUGGUGCCCCGAGCCGGCUAUGCCAUGGCUCUACAGAGCCCCAGCUGCCAGCCGCAAGGCCACAGCCCCAGCAGCCAGUCCCGAGGCCAGAGCCCCAGCUGCCACCCUCGAGGCCAGAGCCCACUGAGGCCCCAGGCUGCCAGCCGGCAGGUGAGCACCAUGCCCUCCAGGAAGCUCGAAACAAGCCUGGAUGGAGCCCACUCAGCCCCCGAGGGCCCCGCAAAGCCCAAAUCAUCCCGAGGGCCCUUCCGGCUCCGCAGUUUAUUCUCUGCCACCUUUCCGACUCGCCAGAAGAAGGAGACCGACGAGCGGCAGGCCCAGCUGCAGAAGGUGAAGCAGUAUGAGCUAGAGUUCCUCGAGGAACUCCUAAAGCCGCCGAGCCAGGGGGAGCUGCCAGGCACCGAGUACCUGCAACCCCCAGCCCCAGGCCGCUGCAGCUGCCAGCUGCGAAGCAGCCCAGUGCAGCAGGGGCCUGGCAUGUCCCGUGAGCAGAGGCGCAGCUGUGACUGCAAGCGCAUCUGCCGGGGGGGCCGGCCCCAGGCCCCCCAGACGCCAGUGCCCGGCCUCCGGGGGAGGGAGAGGGACAGGGUCACCCCGACCCAGAGGCAGCCAGAGGCUGGCCCAGGCCUGAGCCUCAACAGCCCCACCACUGUCGGGCGCAUCCGCUCCACCAGCCUGGAAUCCCGAGAGUGCCGAUCGGACCCCGAGAGUGGUGUGUCCUGCCUGACCACGUGUGCCUCGGGGGGUGAGUGCCUGGGAGCUCCCAACUACAGGAAACUGAUGCGCCGCUACAGUAUCAGUGAACUGGACCAGGGUGACAGGGCCUCUCUGACCUCGGACAUCUAUCCACACCCACCCCUGGGCAUGCUGCCCAGGGAGGCCAAGGAGGUAGAAGCAGGUCUCCCCUUAGGCCUGGGUCCCAAAAACAAGUCACUGGAGUCACCGACCCUGGGAGACCCCUCAUACGUCCAGGUCGCCCCUGAGACCAAAGGCCCCAGACAGAUGGCAGUGUUCUCACUGCCAGAAGAGGUGUACCGGAAGCCUGCCGAUCUGGACGAGGACAGUGAGGGCAGCAAGUGCUGCUCUAUCCGCUACUGCUUCUAUUACCGCAAGUGCGAUAUGGCAGAUGAUGCCAGUGAUGGCAAGGACGAGCUCUCCUACUCCAUCCCAAUGAAGAUUCUGCCUGGCAUGAAACUGGACGAGCAGGUGGUGCCCGUGGUGAGCAGGACCCUGCAGGUGCUAGAUGCCGCCACCUGCAGCAGCAGCAGCCCUGAGGCCGCCCACACCCAAGAGAUUGACCUCCGGGUGUCCACCUUCGAGGGGAGCCUGGCCAAGAUCAAUGCCCUGCGGGCCCAUGCCUAUGGCCUGCCUGAUGGUUUCCUGGCUGCCCGACUGGACACCAACGAGCUGCUAACGGUCCUGCGGCAGUGCGUGGCCAGCCCCGAGGCCCGCGCCCCUAAGCCCUAUGUCUCUCAGAUCUCUGAGUACAAGCUCGAGCUGGCUCUCAAGUUCAAGGAGCUCCGGGCCUCCUGCCGCCGCGUGGCCAAUGUGGACAAGAGCCCGACCCACAUGCUGGCAGCCAUCACGGGCAGCUUCCAGGUGCUGAGCAGCCUCAUCGAGACCUUUGUGCGGCUGGUGUUCAUCGUGCGCUCCGAGGCCCAGCGCCAAGAGCUGCUGGCCAAGGUCGAAGAGGUAGUGAGGAACUACACCUUCCUACUGCGUGCCGCUGAGGAGUCCACCACCCGGAACCUUAACCAGCAGCAGCAGCAGCAGCAACAGCAGCAGCAGCAGCAGCAGCAGGCAGCAGCUAUAGGGGUGGCCACAGGGCACCCACCGGGCUCCCCAACGUCAGCGACUGUUAUGAGCACAUUCACCCGCUCCUUAAAAACCCUUAUCAAGUAGGGCAUCCGCCCAGGCCUGCCCCUCCUUUCCCCAACCACAGCCCCAGGUUUAAGCUUUGUGGUCUUUGCAUCUUGUGGUGAGUGUAUGUGUCUGCUGGGCCAGUCAGGGUCUGAGAGCCUUCAGUCUUUGGGGAGCGGAAACUCCCCGGAUUGAGGCUGUCCCUGAGGGCUCCGGGCAGCCGCCACCCUGGGUAUCCUCACCCCUUCCCUGGCCUCUGGUUGUCACUGUGAGGGCCAAGGCCCCUCGUCACUAUGCCUGCCUGCCGCAGAGCUGUAUUUUAUCUCUUCUUUAGGGCUGACAGGUGACAUCAGGCUCACCUUCCUGCUCCAUUUUGGGGCCCCGGGGAGCCAGGGCCUGAAGCAGGCAGGCCCACAGGCCUUGAGCUCCUCCUGGCAUCUGCUCCCCUCUGGGGAGCAGUGGCAGUAGCACCAGGGCACAGCGCCCAGCGGAGGGGAAAGGGCACUCGGCCCAGAUGUGCCCGCCCACCCUGGGCUCACACUCACUCGGCAGAAGCCACCCUAGAGGGCCUGUGCCCAGGUGGCAGGUCUGCAGAAAACAGCUACGCGGGCUGUUUGUAGCCAGCCCAAGAGGCUGGCAGGCUUGGGAGCCCUCGCCCCCAGGCCCAGUAGCUCCACACCAGCCAUCCCCAAAGUGCCCUGUCCCUCACUAAUGGGCAGGGUGGCUCAGUCCACUAGGGAGCAAGCAUCUGGGUUCACCCCACUUGUUCUGGGUAAGGUACCUGGUGAAAAUGUCUGCCCUGGGGAGACCCAGCGCAGGCCUCGGAGCCCGACCGGCCCAGCCCGGCCCAGCGCAGAGGCUGUUGCCACAGGCGUGCGGUUCCUCUCUCAACAUCUACCAGACGGACUGUCCUUAGGAGUUUGACUUAGCUACGGAUUGG